CCUUCUAAAAGAACAACAGCACCAAUAACAACAACGACGGCAGCAACAACGAGGUUACGCCGCAACAACAAAAGGACAGACAUAUCAACACAUUGGGGUUUCAGGGCACGCGCGACGGUAGCAACAUACGCAGCGGUGGCUGCAGAGGUGACAACAACAUUUAAGAAAACAACAACAACGAGUUCAAUUGGGUUGGAUAAACGUGACACGAGCAUUACGCUUGAAGCCAAGAACUCGUUUGGUGGCCAAGUAGUAGGAGCGGUGGUGGAAGCAGCAACAAUAACAACGAAAGCAGCAACAAUAACAAAAAAAGCAACAACAACCCACUAUUACGUCAAUACAUUCCAUUUCGGCGACUGUAAAACGAAACGAAAUCAAUCUCAACGCUAUAAUCGGGAAACUUUUAAUUUCACCCUUGUGCUAGUCGCUGCCGCGCUGCUCCUCAGCUGCUUUGCGUCAAGCACUUUCGUAGCAUCGGCAUCGGUGGCAUUGCCUGGGGUCUCCACUGCAAGUGGCAAUGACGUGCAAGUCGCUGUUGCUGCUACUGCCGGUAACGGUAUCGGUGUCGUUAAUGGCUUAGCUAACCGUAAAGCGGGUACAUACACCAACAACAACAUUAACAGCGUGGACCCCUGUGCUCUUGCAGCACAACGUAAUGUUGACUGCCGCCAUGCAACGCAACCCCAUGGCGGUGACUACAACACCAUCAAUGACAAGAACAACGCUUACCAUCAUGUACAACAACAACCCAUUACCGAAACUACAGUCGCAUUUCAGCUCAUACAAUCCGCAGCGCCGCUUUUCGUCGACACCACAACUAUCGCCGUCAAAUCUGUUGCCAUCGCCAGUGAAAUCGUGGCGAACAGCGACACCAUCGCUCCACUGCUCAUCGAUGGCGCCAGCACCGCCAGCACCACGGCCAAUGUGUCCGCCGUGCAGGAGAUUGUCGAAGUGCCACAGAUUCCCGCUUACAUACGCAACACAGCCAUGUGCUUUUGCAUAGCAAUCAUGACGCUGGGUGUUAUUGGCAACAUUAUGGUGCCAAUUGUUAUUGUGAAAACCAAAGAUAUGCGCAACUCCACCAAUAUAUUCCUUACAAAUCUCAGCAUUGCCGAUCUUUUGGUGCUGCUGGUGUGCACGCCAACCGUGCUGGUCGAGGUGAAUACGCCGCCGGAGACCUGGGUGUUGGGCCAUGAAAUGUGCAAAGCCGUGCCAUUUGUUGAGCUGACAGUCGCGCAUGCCAGCGUGUUGACAAUUUUGGCCAUCUCAUUCGAGCGCUACUAUGCCAUAUGUGAGCCGCUCAAAGCCGGUUAUGUGUGCACCAAAGCGCGUGCCAUACUUAUUUGCAUAAUGGCGUGGGCUAUCGCUGCUGUAUUCACCAGUCCCAUUAUUUGGGUUGCCGAGUACAAAUUCGUCGAGUACAUCGAUGGCUCAUCGGUGGCGGUCUGUUUGACGCAAGCGGCCACCAAUUGGACUAUUGGAUACUUUUUGAUGACAAUAAUCGUUUUCUUCAUAUUACCUCUGCUGAUACUGAUGGUGCUGUACGCCAUUAUAGCAAAGAAUCUAAUCUCCAGCAAUGGUCCAAUGUUGCGUAUAAGACCAUCGAAACCGGAGUUGAGCUUGAAGGCGCGCAAACAAGUCGUCCUCAUGCUGGGCGCAGUCGUACUGUCUUUCUUUCUUUGCUUGCUGCCCUUCCGGCUGCUCACCAUGUGGAUCAUACUCAGUUCGGAGCAAACCUUCUUCGAGAUUGGUGUCGAACGCUAUUACAGUCUAUUGUAUUUUUGUCGCAUUAUGUUCUAUCUGAAUUCGGGCAUCAAUCCCAUACUCUAUAAUUUGAUGUCCACGAAGUUUCGUAAAGGCUUUUUGCGUCUGAUUUUGAGCACGUGGCAGAGCGCGGUCUCCUCCAUAACAUGCGGACGCUAUAAACGCAUACGUGCACGUACCGGCACCAUAACCGGCGUGGCGACCAACACCAACACGAACACCUCGAAUACGGCCACGAGUCAUGCGACCACGUCCAGUAUACUUUCACGUCAAUCGAAUCGCCGUUACAGCGAUGACACGGUCAACACCAAUGGGAGUACGCGUACCGUUACAAAAACACAAAUACAAAUACAAAUGCACAUACCAUGUGGGCCGGACAAUGAGAUGUUGGCGAUGUUGCAUAGCAGUGCCACAGCUACGCCUGAGAACGAAACACAACGCAAUGGCGGUAAAGUGGACGCGUGUGGUAGGCGGAAGUCCACCACGAAGUGUCAUAAAAUGCAAUCUGCAAUGCGUGCGGCAGGCGAAUCGGCGCCGAGUGGCGCAUAUAGACGUUCGGUGCAUGUGAGCUUCGAUGACGAAGAGGCUCAUGCGCUGGAGCAGGCUGUUACACUGACAUCUUUAAGUCAGCCUGAAAAGACUGUGCAUAUGCUUCAACUGCUGUGGGUUUUAUGCGCCAGCAUGUAUUUGUUGUCAAGUUUCAGAACUUCCACAAUCCUCAUUACAAAAUGUAAUAUAAUUCCUAUGUGUAACUUAACCAACACCGUUUUCGAAAACUAUUUUGAUUUGAUCAUAAUUUUCUUACUAUUCGUUAGUCCCAUCGUACUAAUUGCAACCUUUCGCAUGGAACGUUACUACGACAACACGGAGGUGGCUGUGUGCUUCACAUCAGCGGAAACAUUCUGGUCGGCAUUCUUUUUCAUCGCUUGCAUAGCAAUAUUCUUUUUAUUGCCCUUCAUCGUGUUGGUAUUGCUCUAUGUGGCGAUCGCUUAUAAACUUUUGCGUCGCAACAUCGACUUUCAUCGACCCACUACCACAGCUGCGCAUGUACGGUCCACCACUUGUCUGAGCUCGGUUAUCUUGCGUCAACAAUCGUUAAAUAAACUACCGCUACAGAUGACACGCAAUGACACUGAUAAUAAGCGUAGCGGCGCAUUAAAUAUUGGCGCAAGCGCUCAACAGCUACGUAUCGGUAUGCGGAAGCAUCGCAAACAGGUGAUAUUCAUGUUAGUAGCGGUGGUCGCCAGUUUCUUUCUUUGUCUCUUACCAUUCCGUGCUUUCACCUUGUGGGUUAUCGCUGCAUCGACCGAGGAUAUUGCGGCACUUGGUAUUGACGGUUAUUAUGGGGUUUUGUACUUUUGUCGCAUCAUGCUCUAUUUGAAUUCGGCACUGAAUCCAAUACUUUAUAAUCUUAUGUCAUCGAAAUUCCGUACCGGAUUUUGGCGUUUGAUUGUUUCGUGUUGCAACAAACAUAGAAAGCAUACUAUCGGACGUGGUAAUCGACGUACGACCGCAACAACAACAACCAGCCGACGACAAACAGAACCCAAACAAACGGGAGCUUACGAACAAAGACGUUUAAAAUUCAAACGCGAAUCAACAUUUGUGGUGAGCUCGUCCAUUUCUACUUCUUCCGGCACGGAGCGCAGCACUAGCGUUACUAUUGUAGCAAAUCGACCAGUUAUGGCGCCACGAACAGCUGUAGGUGCGGCAAUAAUAGAUAUAACCAGAACUACGGUAUCAAGUGCAUGCCCUUUGGAAAGUGAUGAGAAUGACAAAGAGGAAGAUCUACACACAUGAGUGUGACAUAAUUGCAGUGCGCUGUAUUACUUUGCAUGCUCAUGUUGAAGAUACUAUUAUAAGUAAGACUGAUAAACCUCAAAGUCAAUAAUUGAUGCUUUUAAUUGAAAUGCUUUUGGUAAAAAGGAGUUAUCUGUGGUCUAAUUAAGCGCUUAAGCACAUGUUAAAAAUUGUAUGCAUUCUUCCUCAAACAUAUGAUUGUAAGAUAUUUUUAGAAAUACUCAUAUGUACUCACAUAUAUAAUACAUAAACUUCAGCGUAAAUGGAAAUAUGUUAUAUACAUAUAACGUAGUAUUAUUUAAGUGACGAUUCAUUAGCCAAUAUUUACUAAAAAUUUCAAACCUCUGUCCGUAUAAGUUAUACAAUAUGAAAACACAUAUUUUUUUACUAAUUUCAUUUAAAUUGCGUAUGUCGUAUGUACUUUUUAUUAUUUAUUAAGGUAAUAAACUAAUAUUUGCAGCAAUUCAGUUGGUCAGCGAACCAAUAGUGGUUGGCUGGACAUCUAAAUUGUCUAAUAAACACAAAAUUUUAUAUACUAUGGAUUUUUAAUAAUUAUAAAAUGAUAGGGGAAUUUUCAGACGCCCGAAAAGACACUACAUCAUUACUCCAUUACUACGAUACGCUCACACUUUAGCUAAUUCCCCACAUUACUGCUCAUACCAACGUUAUUUACGCAUUUUGUUUACAUUUAGGUUUUAUUUAAACAUUAGUUUAUAAGUAUCUUACUUAAAAGUUUUUUUUCGCGCAAUUUUGUUGUGGUUUAAAUUUAUAUGUUCGCUGUCAUAACAUUACUUUUUUGUUGCUAUGUACUUAAAAAACGUGUGUGUUUUCUGUUUGUUAUUUCUCAUGUUUCUUUGUUGUCGUAAACAUCUUAAGUUGUGUUCCCA